AUGGCAGAAGAUGUAGGACUUCUCUAUGCUGGUACCAGGAUGAGUAGGCAGAAGUCGUAUGCUGACAAGAGGCGGAAGCCUCUGGAGUUUGCCGAAGGGGAGCAUGUGUUUCUGAAGGUGACUCCGACUACUGGUGUGGGUAGAGUACUGAAAGCAAGGAAGUUGACACCAAGAUUCCUGAGAAAGUACGUCCAUGACCCGAGUCAUGUGAUGGAGUUAGAUGAUGUGCAGGUGAAGGAGAACCUGACUUUUGAGAAGUUGUCGGUAGCUGUAAUUGAUCGUAAGCUGAAGGAAUUGAGGGGCAAGUCUAUUGCUCUGGUGAAAGUAUUGUGGGAUGCAGCUACUAGUGAGGCUACUUGGGAGGUGGAGCAGUAA